AUGCAGUUCCGCAACCUUUUUUUGUCUAUUUUCUUGGUCCUGGCCGUCGGCUUUGCGCUGGUGCAAGCUGAUGAUGCUAAGCGGGAGCCCCGUGGCCCCAAGAUCACUAGCAAGGUCUACUUCGAUAUCCAGCAUGGCGAUGAGACUCUUGGCCGUGUUGUGAUGGGUCUGUAUGGCAAGACUGUUCCUGAGACCGCGGAGAACUUCCGUGCUCUUGCCACCGGCGAGAAGGGCUUCGGUUAUGAAGGCUCCUCUUUCCACCGUGUCAUCAAAGACUUCAUGAUCCAGGGUGGUGACUUCACCAACCAUGACGGCACUGGUGGCAAGUCCAUCUACGGCAACAAGUUCAAGGAUGAGAACUUCAAGUUGCGCCACACCCGCCCCGGCCUUCUGAGCAUGGCCAACGCUGGCAAGGACACCAACGGCUCCCAGUUUUUCAUUACCACCGUGAUCACCUCUUGGCUCGAUGGCAAGCAUGUUGUAUUCGGUGAAGUUCUUGAGGGCUUCGACAUUGUCGACAAGAUCCAGAAUGUUGCCGUUGGUGGUGGCUCCAAGCCCCAGAAGAUCGUGAAGAUCCUCAAGAGUGGAGAGAUCGAGUUUGAGCCGGAAUCCGAGGACAAAGGUAGCCGCGAUGAGCUGUAA